ACACUUUCGACACCCAAAGUCGAAGAUACGACAAGGCAGACCCACUUUUUACUUUUGUAAACGGAGACGACGAUAUCGAGACCGAAAUCCAGACAUAAAGCUCCUGCCGCUCUCAAUACCGAUUCUCAGUAAACCCGCUGCUAUCAAAAUCUCACCCAGAAACGCUCAAGAGAGACUGCAACCGUCGCAAUAUGACCCAAAUCUCAAGACAAGAAGUUUCGCCGGCGACCUACCAGGAAACAAUUAACAAAUCCAUAGAUGACCUAGACACCGAGCUGCACGACAUCAACCGCAAGAUCCACGAAAGUCCAGAACUGAGCUACGAAGAAUUCAAAGCUCACGAUAACAUCGUUGCAUUCCUCCGCUCCCAAGGCUUCGAAGUCACCCCUCACGCAUAUGGUCUCGAAACCUCCUUCGUCUGCGACUACGGCACAGACGACGGUCCCCUCGUCGCCUUCAACGUCGAAUAUGACGCUCUACCAGGUAUUGGUCAUGCAUGUGGCCACAACUUGAUCGCCACUGGUUCUAUUGCCGCUUUCCUAGGCACGGUGGCGGCUAUGAAGAAAUACUCCCUGCCAGGCAAAGCUCGUUGUCUCGGAACUCCAGCCGAAGAAGGCGGUGGAGGAAAACUGAAGCUUAUUGAUGCUGGAGCAUACAAAGGUGUCGCUGCUUGCUUCAUGACGCAUCCAUUUUCUACGCUUGCGAAUGUUACCUAUGGGACUUGCAUGGCGUCUGCCAAAUUCCGAGCUACGUUCACGGGCAAGCCGGCUCAUGCUGCAGCUGCUCCGCAUGAGGGUAUUAAUGCUCUUGAUGCGGCGGUGUUGGCUUACAAUGGAACGAGUAUGUUGAGGCAGCAAAUCAAACCAGAUCAGAGAAUCCAAGGUGUCAUGAUAGAGGGUGGACAUCGAGCCAAUAUUAUCACGCCGAAGAGUAUUCUUGACUAUAAUGUGCGAGGAUCGACCUUGAAGGAGACGAAGGAGUUGCAGGAGAGGGUUGUGAAGUGCUUCGAAGGAGCUGCCAUUGCGACUAGGUGUACGGUCGAGUUUUUACAGACAAACAUGUAUGCAGACUUGAGACCAAGUCGCUCUCUCUGCCUUGCAUACUCAGAGGUCAUGAAGAGUGUUUCACCAGAAGAUAAAUGGCCAGUAGGUGAGAAGGAAGAGCCUGGAGCAUACUCUACAGAUCAGGGAAACGUCUCACAGGUUGUACCCUCAUUUCACGGUCUGUAUGCUAUUCCAAUCAAGGACAAUGCUGCAAAUCACACUCCAGGCUUCACGGACGCAGCCGCGACUGACGAGGCGCAUCGAUUGACAUUGUUGACGAGCAAGGGAAUGGCUGGUGUUGCAGUGAAGGUUCUGCUGGAGAAGGCAUUCGCGGAGGAAGUGGAUAAAGGGUUCAAGGAGUGGUUGAGUGCUCAAGAAUAGUGCGGAUGGUAUCACGAAAGGAGUAGAAAACCAAUAUCCCAAUAAAUACAAAUAUCUCAG